AUGGACGUUGAAAGUCGGUCCGCAAAGGAGGAAUCAAGAAAUGACACCCGUGUUGGUACCGGUGGUGCCGACGUUCGCGAGGACACUGGUGAAGGUGAUCCUGGGGAAGAUGAGAACCGUCAGCAGCAGCAACACCAUCGCACGAAAACGAUCUACGCGCUCAACAUGAACGUGUGCCGAUUGUGUUUAUCAGAAGGGCAAGGCGGUCAUUUGCAACCCGUUUACUACGCGCAGGAUACGCCGGACGAAAUCCUGCAGCAGAAGAUCCUCGAGCUAACCACCGUGGAGAUAACUUACGCGACUGACUUCCCCACGGGCGUGUGCAUCGAUUGUCUGGCCAGGCUGGAUGAGUUUUCCCUCUUCCGGAGGCAGUGUAUCGACAACAACGAGAUACUGAAGCUAAAGUAUUACGAGCUGAAAGCGGACGCAGCCGAGGAGGAAGGCUAUGCCUGCAAGCAGGAGCAAAAGGACGAAGAAGAUCGGAAGAAUGAGCCAACGGGUUCGCGUUUGGCGAGAGUUAAAAAGGAGGAAGAAUUUAUCGAUCUCGCGGGAAGCGAUCGUCACAACGGCGAACAUGGCGAACGGGAAACCAUGGACGAGGAGAUCGCACCGUUUGGAACGGAUAGUGCGGGAAACGAAAUCAUCAUCUCGGACGGACACGACGAGUUUGGUGAACGGGCCGGUACGAAGAUCCAGUACCUUGCUGAGGACGGUACGAUGACGGAGUACAUUACGGCGGGUGCGAUCGUGCGGAGAGGUGCUAGCCCCGAGCUGGAAGAUCCUUCCGCGGAGGGGCAUGAGAUUUAUUACACCGUCGGGCCGGAUACGUACGCCAUUCCGGCUGGUGGUGAUGGAGCGUAUCCGUGUCCGGCUGGGAACUACGUGCCGCAGGGUUUCGAAAAUCAAACAGAAAUCGAAUGCACCACCGUCGAGGAUCAUCUUCCGGAGGAGUACGUUGAGGAAGGGCCAGCGGCUGUUGCGGGUUCGGCGGUAGUGCCGGGUGCAUCGACCGCAGGAGCACUAGCUGGAUCUCGUGGCCGUUAUGAUCGACCAUUUGUGUGUAAACACUGCAAGACGAGCUUCAAGUACGAGCACAACUACGAUCGGCACAUGAAAAACCACGCGAAAGUGCUCUACCGGUGUGGCAAGUGCUCGAAAACGUUCGUAAAGCUGCGCAAAUGCCAACAGCACCACUUGAAGGCACAUUCGUCCCAGCGCUAUGAGUGCGAUAUCUGCUACAGAACAUACAGCCUGCCGACGCGACUGGAGAACCACGUGAUCGAGAUGCAUUCGGUGAAUGGCGUCUAUCGGUGCGAUCGGUGCCAGGGUGAGCUGUUUAGCUCGUACCUCGAUUUUAAGGCGCACAGGAUGCGGUAUCAUCCGCGGAAUAACGACACUAGUGCCGGUGGAGGUGCGAGUGGUGCAGACGCAGGAACUCCGGCCAUUAUUAAGCAGACCCCGUACGGAGACGUCGUGCACAUGGAUAAUGUACUCUCGAGAAGUCCUACGCCAAGCUCGGGUUCUGAUGAACAGCUGGGGAAAGGUGCGGUGACACUUCCAAGGACCAGACGACAGUCGGCAAUUCGUACCGUCACAUCGAUCACUACGCCCACGACAAGGACACGUACCCGCACGAAUGGUCGCGUCGGACGUCCACCGAAACAAGCACCACCCGUUCCGGUAGUACCGCAACAACAGGAUGUCAUACUGAUCGAUGACGAUGAACAGCAACAGGGUGCAGGAUCGCAACAGUUAAACGGAACCGGUGCGCCUGUCGUGCACCGGGAGCUGCUACAGCAGAUCGAAGAAAGUGAAGCUAACUCCAUCGGUCCGAAAACGUACACGUGUGAAAGCUGCUCGAAAACGUUUGUCCACCUGAACAACCUGAAAGCGCACAUCUACGCUGAGCACGACAACGAUAAGCCAUUCAAGUGCAAAGUCUGUCCGAUCUCCUUCAAAACGAAGGAAAUCCUUGUGAUGCACAUGCUGCUCCACACGAAGAACGGCGGUGCCACCUAAACGAGCUCUCCGGAGUGAGCUCCGGACCGAGCCACACAAAAUGUGCCAAACCACACACAUACA